AAUUCUACACAAAAAUCUUCAUAUUAUUUAUCCAUAUUAAAUGUGGAAUUAUAAUCAUAUAAAUAACUUUGUUCCAAACCAAUCCUAUAAAAAUGAUGACAUAGGCAAGAGUGAGGUCAAAAUUGGACAAUUAUAAAUACUACUUAGCAUAUUAAACUAAGGGUUAAGAUUAAUUUAAUUGUUUAAUUAUCUAUUUGAAAGUUGUCUUGGAUGUCUAAUUUUAUAUAGGAGUGCACAUUUUUUUUUUCUUUUUCUAGAGAGAAUAGAAUGUGGGUCUGCUUCUAUUCUUUCCUGAAGUUAGAUUGAGCCUCAGGUUUUUGGCAGCAAAGCAGCAUAUGGUUUCUGGGUUUUUUGUACUCUCAUGGCUGAAUGUUGGACAUAUGUUGCUGCAUGCAAGCUAAUUCAUUCCCUAAGAUUAUUUCCCUUUUUGGGUAUUUCUUUAUUUUCUUGGUAACACUGUUUCUCCCUUCUUUUUUUAACCUCAAUCCCUAGCAUUUUCUUGAAUUUGAUCUGGGUAUUCUGUUUCUUGAUUAUUAUUAUUUUUGAAAUCUGUUGAUGGGUUUUAUGAUUCUCAGUGGAAGUGAUAAAUGGGGUUUGAUUUCUUGAAAUGUCUUUUGAUGUGAAUCAUUGGGCUAAAAGAAUAUUGAAAGAUUAGAACUUUACUUUCUUGGUGUGUUAAAAAAGGAGUCUUUGAUUGAUUUUUGGAGUGGUUGAUUAGUUGGGUAUAUUCAGGCUGGUGAGUGGAAAAUUUAUGUGAUGUUAACCAUUGGCUAAAAGCAUUGAAUGAUUAGAACUUUAGUUUCUUGGUUUGUUAAAAAAGUUGUCUUGCAUUGAUUUUCUGGAGUGGAAAAUUUAUGUGAUGGGAUCUCAGGGUGGUGGUGGUGGUGGUAAUAGUAUGGGUGCAACUCAAGCACAAGACCCGAAGCCCAAUGCUUUGGCUAGGCAAGGAUCAUUAUAUAGCCUCACACUUGAUGAGGUUCAGAAUCAAUUGGGGGAUUUGGGGAAACCACUAAGCAGUAUGAAUCUUGAUGAGCUUCUUAAGACUGUAUGGACUGUUGAAGCUAGUCAAGGAAUGGGGGGAACAGAUUACGGGGUGUUGCAGCAUAGCCAGGUUGCUUCGGGGAGUUCUCUGCAUCGACAGUCGAGCAUUACACUAACCGGUGAUCUGUGUAAGAAGACUGUUGAUCAGGUUUGGCAGGAUAUUCAGCAGGGGCAGAAAAGGGAUAAUAGUGAUAGGAAAAUUCAGGAGAGGCAGCGUACUCUUGGUGAGAUGACACUCGAGGAUUUUUUGGUUAAGGCUGGAGUGGUUGCUGAGCCGACUCCGGGCAAGAGAAGUAGUUCAGGCUCUGAUUCAAUGGCAUUGCCACAACAGCAAGCUCAGUGGUCACAUUAUGCAAUGCCUCAGAUACCACCGCAGCAACCACAACAGCAGAAUAUGCUACCUGUUUUUAUGCCUGGACAUUCGGUUCAACAGCCAUUGGCUGUUGUUGCAAAUCCAAUAAUGGAUGCAGCUUAUCCUGAAUCUCAGAUGACAAUGUCCCCAACUGCUCUGUUGGGCACAUUAUCGGACACACAAACACUUGGAAGAAAGAGAGUUGCACCAGAAGAUGUGGUUGAGAAGACUGUUGAAAGGAGGCAAAAGAGGAUGAUUAAGAAUAGGGAAUCUGCAGCUAGGUCACGAGCAAGGAAGCAGGCUUACACCCAUGAACUGGAGAACAAGGUUUCACGCCUCGAAGAGGAGAAUGAAAGGCUCAAGAGACAGAAGGAGAUAGAGAAGGUGUUACCAAGUGUUCCACCUCCAGAGCCUAAGUAUCAGCUGCGUAGAACAAGCUCCGCCCCUUUCUAACAUCCAGUUUCAUGUAUGAUGAAUAUGUAGAUGCAUAGUGUUCGUUAUGUCAUUGAAAUUUUAUGUUAGCUAGUCAUCAUCCGUCCAUCUCCUUGUUCUCGGUUAACAUCUUUGUUCAGGAGGUUGCCCUUGGCUGUCUCUACUUCUCUAGAUAAGUUUCCUUGUAUGUACAUUUUUAUAGUUUUAACUUGGAAUUAUGCAGACACAUAGUUUUGGUAGUUUCCUUUCCGUUACUGUAAGCAUUUCCAGUAUGAAUGAUUUCUGGACAAGUUCAAAAUGAAGUAUUGUAUGUUUCCAGUUGUAUUAAAACAAAGGGAGAGGGGUAACCUGAAGUUUACGACUCUCAUAUUUGGAUUAAGCUGAAGCUUUGCUCGGUUGUUUUCUAAGUUCAA